AUGGUAUCACAUAAUAAUGUAUUACCAAAUGUUCAUCUUCACAAAUGGUGGCAAAGAUAUGUAAGAGUAAAGUUUAAUAAGAAUAUAAAGAAAGAAAAAAGAAGAUUAUUAAGAGAAAAAAGAAGAAGAGAGAAUGGAGGUACACCUAUUGAAAAAUUGCAUCCAAUAGUACACUGCCCAACUCAAAGAUAUAAUUUUAGAACAAGAUUAGGAAGAGGUUUUACUGUUGAAGAAUUGAAAGGUGCAAAAUUAUCUUUAAGUGCUGCAAGAAGCAUAGGCAUAUGUGUUGAUAAAAGAAGAAAAAAUAGAUGUGAAGAAACAUUAAAAAAAAAUAUAGAAAGAUUAGAAAAAUAUAAAAAGAGUUUAGUCAUGAUUCCAUUAAAAAAAUAUAACAGCAAAAAAGGUAUCGGUGGUAUACCUGAUGAUUCGGAUAAAAAAGUUAUUAAAGAGUUAAAGAAAAAGAAACAACUACGUGGUAUAUUUAGAAAUGAAAGAAAUACUAAACCAUUCUACGAAACUAUGGAUGUAUCUAAAAUAGAUACAUCGUUUUUAGCUUACAAAACAUUGCGUAAAGCAAAAUCAACAGAAAGAAGAAGAAAUAGACAACAGCAAAGAAAAGAUAUAAAAGCAAAAGCUAAAGAUAAUUAA